AUGAAAGAAUAUUUAAUACUAUUUGCACAAGCUCAUCCAAAUUUCAGGCAGGCAGAAUUAGAAUCACUUGCAAGUAUAAAUAAAAUAUCGGUAGAUUUAUCACAUCAUGACGAGACAAAACCAUUUUUAAAAAUUUCACUAAACAACGAUGAUGAAGCAAAGCAAUUAAUAUCAAGAUCAAUUUUGACAAGAGCCAUUUAUGAAUUAUGGGCAGAGGGAACCACUUAUGAGGAAUUACAUGAGCAAAUCAAAGAAAAUUGUCAAGAUUACAUUGAAAUAUAUAGCCAUUGUUCAUUCAAGUUUCAAUUUGAGGGAUAUAAAGGAAAACAAACCAAUUCAUCAAAAGUAAAAACCAUCGAGUCUUUCAAAUAUCUAGAUUUUAAAGGUAAAAUUGAUCUCAAAAAUGCAGAUGAAACAUUCACAGUGUUGGAGGACUAUGAGGUAAUACAAGAAGGAAAAUCUAAGAAACCCAUAUAUAUUUGGUUCGGUAGACAAGUUGAAUUAAGUGAAAGAACCAAGAAUAAUCUUGUUGAAGUAUUUGAUUUGAAAAAAAGAGGUUAUAUUGGUACUACAUCAUUUGAAGCUGAAUUAUCUUUAGUUACUUGUAAUUUAGCUCAAGUUCAAAAAGGAAGUAUAGUGUACGAUCCGUUUGCUGGUACUGGUUCAUUCAUGGUGACUGCUGCUUAUUUUGGUGGAGUUGCGAUUGGAUCAGAUAUAGAUGUAAGAAUGUUAAAUGGUAAAAAUGGACCUCAAAACAUUAAGACUAACUUCAAAGAUUAUGGUUUAUACUCACAAUUUCUUGAUAUACUAACGAUGGAUUUCACUCAUAAUGCUUUAAGAGAUGAUUUUGUGAUAGAUACAAUUGUUUGUGAUCCUCCAUAUGGUGUCAGAGAAGGACUUAGAGUAUUAGGUGCUAAAGAUGAAGAAAAAGCAGCUGGUAGAGAACAUAAUAUAGUCGAGGGAGAAAUUGCACAUUUAAGAAGAGAUUUUGUAGCUCCUAAAAAACCUUAUGAAUUAUCUGAUAUGUUACAUGACUUGUUGGAAUUUGCAAGCAAAAGAUUACCAAUUGGGGGUAGAUUAGCAUUUUGGAUGCCAACAGCUGAUGAUGAUUUUAACGAUACAAUUAUACCUCAACAUCAAAACUUAAAAUUGAAUUUCAAUUUAGUGCAAAACUUCAAUAAGUGGUCAAGAAGAUUAUUAGUUUAUAUAAAAAUGGAUGAAUCGUAUAUUGGUGAAACAACUGACGGUUUAAAAGAAUUGAAUAUUAAAAAUUUUAGAGAAAGGUAUUUUAAAAAAUUUAGUGAACAAAGUCGGUAA